AUGAAUGAGUCGAACGGCUCUAGCAGCUCCUCCCUCAAGCUCUUGCCUUCGAGACUGCAUUCGCCGGGCAACGAAGCAAGUUCGGCGGCCGGUCCAGAUACGAUCGACCGCUGUACUAUGGAAGCAACCGCCGAGCGUUCGGAUGCAUCGCCCUCUGUACUUCCUCACGCCAAGAUUAGAGGAACGGACAUACUUGUGACCGACUUCUUUGGCGGCGCUGCUAUGGCCGAGAUCCACGAUGCAGAACUCUUUCACGACCUGCCGGUGGUCCUACCGCCGCCACAGCGUACCAGUCCAGCCACCACCCCCACCUCCUCUGACGCAGAGUUUCGACCCUUCUGGGGCCUUGCGCAUCACGAUCGCAUCUUCUUCACUCACGACGACGCAUCAGCAGGCGCACCGAUACCAGUGAACCCGCGCAUCCAAGCCAACCUGCAGCGGUACCACGACCUCAAACACCAAGGCGUCCACUUCAACCAAACGCUAAUGCAGAACCGGUCGUUCAACAACCCACACGUGCUCUCUCAGCUCGUCGACUUUCUCGACAUCGACGAGACGCGCUCGAACCUCCCCUGCAUCGAUACGGGAAGGUCGGAGGGGAGUUGGAGGGCGCAGUUUCCGUUUCAGGCGCAAACGUUGGUAGAAGGCGACCCAAUAGCUAUCGAGAUCGGACAAAAGCAAAAGGCGGAUGCAGAGACGAGGUCGAGGCAGACGCAUGCGGAUCCGCAUCGAAAGAUUGCCUUUGACCGGGCCCGACACGAUGACGAGCCGCAGAGACCACGGAAACGUCGCUCGUCUGGCGGUGCUUCCAAGAGCCGCGUUGCUUGA